CUGCAGCGUGCCAAGAUGCCAGUGGCUGCCCCCAGCUCCACCACGGCCAUGCAGCAGGUCCUGGACAACCUGAUGGGGCUCCCUGGGGCCCCGGGGGCGGCCGACCUGGACCUCAUCUUCCUCCGCGGCAUCAUGGAGAGCCCAAUAGUAAGGUCCCUGGCGAAGGCGCACGAGCGGCUGGAGGAGACGAAACUGGAGGCGGUGCGGGACAACAACCUGGAGCUGGUGCAGGACAUCCUGCAGGACAUCGGCCACCUGGCAGGGCAGGACAGCGCGGCCGCCGAGCUGGCCCGCAUCCUGCGCGAGCCACACUUCCAGUCCCUGCUGGAGACCCACGACUCGGUGGCCUCCAAGAGUUACGAGACACCCCCCCCUAGCCCCAUUCUGGACCCCACCUUCAACAACCAGCCCGUGCCCCCCGACGCCGUGCGCAUGGUGGGCAUCCGCAAGACGGCUGGAGAGAACCUGGGGGUGACAUUCCGGGUGGAGCGGGGGGAGCUGGUCAUCGCCCGCAUCCUGCACGGGGGGAUGGUGGCGCAGCAGGGGCUGCUGCACGUGGGGGACGUCAUCCGGGAGGGGGUGUCCUGUGGGGCCAGGGGUCCCCACAUGUGGCACUUUUCCCCCCAGGCAUGCCACGUGGAGGGGGGCAGCGCAGGGCUGGUGCCCAGCCAGUUGCUGGAGGAGAAGCGCAAGGCCUUCGUCAAGCGGGACGCAGAGAUGACCCCCACCUCUGGGGCCCUGUGUGGCAGCCUCAGCGGGAAGAGGAAGAAGAGGAUGAUGUACCUGACGACGAAGAACGCUGAGUUUGACCGCCACGAGCUGCUGAUCUACGAGGAGGUGGCCCGCAUGCCCCCCUUCCGCCGGAAAACCCUGGUGCUCAUCGGUGCCCAGGGAGUGGGGCGCCGCAGCCUCAAGAACAAGCUCAUCAUGUCGGACCAGGCGCGCUACGGCACCACCAUCCCCUACACGUCUCGGAAGCCGAAGGAGAGCGAGAAGGACGGGCACGGGUACCGCUUCGUGUCGCGGGGGGAGAUGGAGGCGGACAUCAAGGCUGGGCGGUACCUGGAGCAUGGCGAGUAUGAGGGCAACCUCUAUGGCACCAAGAUCGACUCCAUCCGUGCCGUGGUGGAGGCUGGCAAGAUGUGCAUCCUGGACGUCAACCCCCAGGCAGUGAAAGUGCUGAGAACGGCUGAAUUUGUGCCAUAUGUGGUCUUCAUCGAAGCCCCCAGCCCUGAGACGCUGCGAGCCAUGAACCGGGCGGCACUGGAGAGCGGUGUGGCCACCAAGCAGCUCACGGAGGCGGACGCCAAGCGGACGGUGGAGGAGAGCGACCGCAUCCAGCGCGGUUACGGCCACUACUUCGACCUCAGCCUGACCAAUGACGACCUGGAGCGCACCUUCGGGCGGCUGCGGGAGGCCAUGGACCGCCUGCGCUCCCAGCCCCAGUGGGUGCCCGUCAGCUGGGUCUACUAGUGCCCCCCCGGCUCUCCCCCGACGGAGGGGGGGUCCACCACCACCCUCCUUCCCCCCACCCCCAAAAAAAGGCUGCUGGGGAAGGAGGGCAGUUGCGCCCCCACUGUCUUGCUCAUCGGUGUGAUGAGCUUGCUGUGCUCAGCACCGGUGAUUGCCGGGGGGAGGGGGCUGGCUUUCUGCAGAGUGCCCCCCCACCCCAAACCUGGCCUGUCUCUCCUUCCUAUCGAGCCCCAGAUUUAGGGAGGGGGGGGGCAGAAGCAGCCGGUGGGGUCCCAUGGUGGGGACAGACCUCCCCCUGUGCCAUGCCCAGCACCCACACAGCUAUUCACUGCCAAACCUCACA